AUGUCCGCGCACAACUCGCCGAGCCUCUGCGCAUCCGCCUCCACGCGCAGCAGGGUGCCCUCGGUGCGCGCGCCCCUCGGGAUCUGGACCAAGAGGUGCCUGCCGGCCUGCAUGAGGUCGAAGCGCUCGCCGAGGAUGUUCUGCAGGUGCGGGUCGCCGGUGCCCGCGACGGCGCCCAUGCUGGCCCCCACGAUCACGGGAACCGGCGUAGGAGCACUGGUAACUCCCGCAGUCGAGCCCGCUGCGCCAACGGAGGGAGCGGUCAGCGUGGGGGCCACAGUGAUAAGGGGUUCAGCACUCCAGUCAGAAGCAGCCAUAGCUUGGUUCGUCUCGGCCUCAAUGGUGUCAGCCAUGACAGCAAUCGCGGAAGUGAGGGACGCGGCGCUGUUGCUGCCGACGAUCUGCACCGUGAAGCUCGUGGUCACUGUGACGUGCGAGUCCCGCGAGAGCUGCCGGACAGCAGCGAGGAGCCGAUCGGGAUGGGUCGUGAUGGCGAAGCCAGUGAUUUCAACGUCGGAAACAGACACGUUCAGAGUAUUAGCCAGACCAGUCUUCUUGGCGGACACGUAA